AUGACUACCCAAAUCAGCCAUCAGGUUACAUACCUAGAGCUCAGCUACGACAAAGAGCCUAAUUUCCAGCCGUGUAUUAAGGUGUCAGUUUUCUUCAAGAAACUGGAAUCAGUUUCGUACGAGACGUUUUUUGAGCACUGGAAAACCGUUCACGCGGACCUUGCCAUUGCAACAAAAGCUUUCCAAGGCAACAUUCUUCGAUAUCUUCAGCACCACCAAGCUCCGGAGAUGAAAGCUCGAGCUCAAAGUCUGGGCGCGAACGUUCUUGACUAUGAUGGAUGUGCCCAGCAUUGGGUGAGAAACAGGGAUGAUUGGAUGAAAUUCUACACGAGCGAGGAAUAUGCGGCUAGUUUGAGUGAGGACUGCGAUCGCUUCAUGAAGCUCCCGAUGACAUACAUGGUUGGGUAUGAGAAUUUAGUGGUGGGUGAUGCUUUGAAGGAUAUAGGGGGGCAAAGAUAG